GCGAGCAGGUGAUUAUGAGCUGAAAGAGGACAGUACGCUCAGCUCUGGAAGGAGAUACCAGCAAACAAAUUAUUUUCUACUGGAAGCCAUCAGGAAAACUGGAUUAUGCCGCCAUCUUGAUUGAACAGAGCUGAAGAAGUCCUCCCGCCAUGUCGGUUGCCGUGGAAACUACGACGUCCAGGGUUCCCCGGCCCAUCCCGGCGCACCUAUUCCACGCAGAGCAGUCCUUCUCCCUCAAGAAGCGCAGAUUUCCGUUUUCCUCGGCGUCCACGUCCAGCGCCUCCUGCUCCUCCCCUCCUCGAGGCUCCUACUGCCUCCCUCCGCUGCCGCCCUCCAAAGGAUGCCCGCCGCUGAGCAGGAUGUUCCCUCAGCAUCAGUCGCCGUGGACGCCGCUCUCCGAUUCGCUCAGUAAAUCUCCCCCGCCUAGCUCUGUGUAUGAUCCCAGUAAGCAAACGUCCUAUUUUGGUCAGUGCUUCACUAAUCUGGGUCUUCUUGGGAGAGGAUCCUUUGGAGAGGUCUACAAGGUGCAAAACAACAAAGACGGGCGAUUGUAUGCCGUGAAGCGCUCCGCCCAGCGCUUCAGGGGAAAUGGCGAGAGGCAGCGAAGCGUCAAAGAAGCCAGGAACCACGAGCGAAUUUGUCCUCACCCUCACGUUCUGGAUUUUGUGGCGGCGUGGGAAGAGAGCGGCCGCCUGUACAUUCAGACGGAGCUGUGCAGCACCAGCCUGCUGCUGCACGCUGAGAACAAGCCUCCCGGCCCAGACGAGCCGGCGGCGUGGGGCUACCUGUGCGACCUUCUUUCUGCCCUGCAGCACCUGCACUCUCAUGGUUUCGUGCAUUUGGACCUCAAACCCGCCAACGUCCUGAUCACGGAUUCUGGGCGGCUGAAGCUGGGAGACUUCGGGCUUCUGUUUGAGGUCAACCAGACCGGCGUCGAGUCCAAAAACAGGAAGACGAAGGAGGACGUCCAGGAGGGAGACCCGCGAUACAUGGCGCCGGAGCUGCUGCGCGGCGAGUAUGGACCUGCAGCGGAUGUUUUUAGUUUGGGUGUUUCUAUUCUGGAGCUCGCCUGUAACCUGGAAGUUCCAAACGGCGGCGAAGGAUGGCAGCAGCUCCGACAGGGCCACCUUCCCUCAGAGUUCACCAACGGCCUGUCUGUUGAGCUUCAGUCCGUCCUCAGGAUGAUGCUGGACCCAGAACCAAACGAAAGACCAACCGUCUCUCAGCUUCUCGCUCUGCCGUGCGUCAGGAAACGCAGAUGGAAAAGGCGGAUUUACCUGAUGGUGGUUGAGACCAUGCUGACAGUGGUGUCCUUCUGCCAAUUCGUAGUGUGCUUCGGUUGCAAGCUCCUCUCCUCGGUUCGCUUGCCGUUUCUGCCUUGUUGGUCGAAGCCGGAGCCGUGUACGCCGCCGAAGGACAGCUGGGACAGAGACGUGACGCUGUCCCUCAGUUCCCUGCACAACGACCCGGGAAGUCCAGAGGACGACGGAGUCUUUCUGCAUCACUCAGACCCAGAACUUUCCCCCACCUUUUCAAACAGACUUAAAUCUGGACUGUCGGUAGAAAGCACAUCCACUCCUCUGCCGGGUUCUCCGGUCCGCGGCCCGGUCCACUCCACCCAGUCGGUUCUGGGCGGCUGGUCGUCCUGUAGCCUGCCUCUGACUCCAACCAGCUCCCACCUGAACAACUCCUGCCACAAACUCACCCCCGACGUCAGCCCCAUACACGCAGAGCGCCACCCGGGCUCCCCGUCCACAGCGUCCACCGAGCGGCGCCGCCGCGGCCGGGUCCGGGCGGAAGAGGCGGCAGCGACACCGCGGCCCAACUUUGAACCAAAGAACCUCCUCAGCCUGUUUGAGGAAACAACUCUGGAGGGACAGCCUUGAGGACAUUUUUUCUUAAGCCUCUUUGGAACUACAGAGUUUAUUUUACGGCGCCCCCUAAUGGACAAAGUGGGGUUUAUCUUAUUCCCUUGCAAUAAAUUAGCAAUUUCUCUUUUGUACACAGUCACUGUUAUAACAAAUGUCAAUUUAAAACCGCAAAUACCUUUAAAGUUCCUCAAUGAAAAAGUGUUUAUGCAUUCUGAAGUGAUUAGAACUUGAUCUAUUAGUUCAGGUGUGUCCAAAACCGUCUGCAAACCAUCAGAGGGCCAAAAUUCAUUACAUUAAAAAUACAUUACAUUUGUCCUAAUUUUUUUAAAUCAAAUCUGUUUAUCUUUAGAGAUCCACAGCAUAAAAACGGCUUCAGACUGAUGCCUUAUUGCUAAAAAAAACCCAGGAAAUUUCCACAUUUUUGGUUUCAUCAAUAGUUUCUACUGGUCUUGACUCAUUGGUUAGGAGCUGAACAAAAUCAUUUCAAGGGUCAGAUGUUUUACUAACAACAUAUUAACAUACAUGGAAAAACCUUAUAUUGCAGCAGAAAUACUUUCAGUAUUCAAUAUUGCCAAUGAAACAACCAGUAAAAAGAAACGUGUCCACCAGGGGGCGCCAUAUUAUUUAGUGUUGGAUUUUUGUGAAGCGUAUUUGAAAAAGAAGGGAUUCAGGUAAAAGGUCUGAACGUGUAAUCAGACCUUACAGAACUUUUUUUUUUACAUUUGUGUUUUUGUGCGGAUAGUUUCCCCAAAUGGUUUGAUUUACACUGAAAUAAGUUACAAGUUGCAUGAUAGUCUCCAGAGUAAAUUUGCUUAUAGUGUACUCUCUUGCAGACUAGAUGUCUGCAAGAGAGUACACUGAAUUUGUGAUGCAUGCUGUGGCUAUAAAGCUUCGGAAAACA